AUAAGACUUUUUUUUGCAGUGUGUGUGUGUGGUGGGUCGGCUUAUAAAAAGAGGAGUGUAGAAGCUACGGGAAGGGAAUCAGAGGCCACCUAAAGCAGCCGAGAACUGUACUUGUACCAGGUUUUUCUAACAAAGCAGCUGACAUGGCUUCAUGGACAUAUAGACACCUUAUCUUCCAGAUUGAUUCUUCUAGCUUUGCAAGUUGCGAUGACCAGACCACAAAUGACAGCCCCCAUUUGUCUGGUGGAAAACCACAAGGAGCAGCUGUCUGUGAACCAGAAAGCCAUAGAGAUUCUGAAUGAGAUUUCACAGCCAGUGGUAGUCGUGGCCAUUGUGGGAUUGUACCGCACAGGGAAGUCCUACCUGAUGAACCGUCUGGCAGGACAGAAUCAAGGCUUCCCUCUGGGCUCCACUGUGCAGUCUGAAACCAAGAGCAUGAUGUGGUGUGUGCCACAUCCCACCAAGCCAGAGCACACCCUGGUCCUCCUGGAUACUGAGGGCCUAGGGGAUGUGGAAAAGGUUGACCCUAAGAAGGACUCGUGGAUCUUUGCCCUGGCCAUGCUUCUGAGCAGCACCUUGGUCUACAACAGCAUGAUUACCAUCAACCACCAGAACUUGGAGCAGCUGCAUUAUGUCACAGAACUCAAUGAGCUGAUCAAGGCAAAGUCUUCUCCAAGUCCUGUUGGAAUAAAGAAUUCCACAGAUUUUUUUCCAGACUUCGUCUGGACUGUUCGGGAUUUCAUGCUGGAGCUGAAGUUAGAUGGAGACAGCAUCACGGAGGAUGAGUACUUGGAGAAUGCACUGAAGCUGAUCCCAGGCAACAAUCCCAGAAUCCAAGCAUCCAAUUUGCCCAGGGAGUGCAUCAGACAUUUCUUUCCUAAACGGAAGUGCUUUGUGUUUGACCGGCCAAUGAAUGACAAAGAACUCUUACAAAAAAUUGAGACAGUCUCAGAAGACCAACUGGAUCCUAAAUUCCAAGAACAAACAAGGGCUUUUGUUUCUUACAUCUUUAAUGAUGCAAAGGUCAAGACACUCAGAGAGGGGAUUAAGGUCACUGGAAAUCGACUGGGGACUCUGGUGGCGACCUAUGUGGAUGCCAUCAACAGUGGAGCAGUGCCGUGUCUGGAUGAUGCUGUGACAACUCUGGCCCAGCGUGAGAACUCAGCAGCCAUACAGAAGGCAGUUGACCACUACAGUGAGCAGAUGGCCCAGAGACUGAGGCUCCCCCCAGACAUGCUCCAGGAGCUGCUGGGUGAGCACACAGCCUGUGAGAAGGAAGCCAUUGCUGUCUUCAUGGAUGAAAACCAGCAAUUCCAGAAGAAGCUGCUGGUAAUGUUUGUGUCAUUAACUGUCAUGACUCUAGUGCUGCUUCACAUCUGUAGCGUGGCUGUGCCUUCAUUGACCACUUGUGCUUGUCUCAUUCAACCCAUCACCUUCUUCCCCUCAUCCACACUGAAUCCCCCAUCAUUUCUUCCUUCCCUGAAUCUUCCUGGGACAGAGGAGUGGGCCCAGAAGGAGGCAGCUGAGAAGAAACAGGAGCUGCUAAGACAGAAGCAGAAGGAGCAGCAGCAACUGAUGGAGGCUCAAGAGAAAAGUCACAAGGAAAACCUGGAGCAACUGAGAACGAAGCUGCUGCAGGAGAGAGAGCAGCUCAUUGAAGACCAGAAAAAGAUGCUGGAGAAGCAGCUUCAGGAUCAAAAGGCUUUGCUUGAAGAAUUAUUUAGGAAGAAAUCUGAGGAAAUGAAUGGAGAAAUAGACCUCUUGAAGUAUAACAUCGAUGACAUGCAAAGAAACAGGCUUCUGUUUAGAUGACCCAGCUUCACAGACUACUCCAGCCAGGGCUUGCCAUAAGCCCUGCACUUUUGCAUUAUGCAAAGACUGUACAAAAAUUAUACAGCUUGACAGCUAACCUAAUUUUUUUCUUUUCGGGAUCCUCUAAAGAUGCUGUCAUACCCCAGAGAGCAGAAAGUAAAUUUAAGAACAUGACAUCCAUAUUGCUAAGAGGUGGGGUGGGUGAAUUUUGGCCACUCAUUGGAUUAUGGGUAUUUGUCAUUGUUUAGGAUAAUUGGUUACAAAAUAUUGUUGGUUAUGGUCAGGAAGAGAGUUGAACAAAGGGGACCUGACUCAAGGUUUUUGUCUUUAAAAAAAAAAAAA